GGACGGGCCGAAGGGGGCGGGGACGGGCGUAUUUAGCCUCCGUGCGCGGGGCGGCGGGCGCAGUGGGGUCGGGGCCGCGGCGGACCGGACGGGCGGACUCGGUGGGCCCAGGUGUCUUGAGGCGCACGCGGCUCCGCGCUCAGCCAUGCGUCCCCUCGUUUUCCUCGGCGCCUUCUGCCUGGCGGCCCUGGCCCUGGCCGCCGAGGUGAAGAAGCCCCCGGCGGACGCGGCCCCCGGCGCCCCGGAGAAGCUCAGCCCCAGGGCGGCCACGCUGGCCGAGCGCAGCGCCGGCUUGGCGUUCAGCCUGUACCAGGCCAUGGCCAGAGACCAGGCGGUGGAGAACAUCCUGGUGUCGCCCGUGGUGGUGGCGUCGUCGCUGGGGCUGGUGUCCCUGGGCGGCAAGGCCGGCACGGCGUCCCAGGCCAAGGCGGUGCUGAGCGCGGAGCAGCUGCGGGACGAGGAGGUGCACGCCGGCCUGGGCGAGCUCCUGCGCGCGCUCAGCAACUCCACCGCCCGCAACGUGACGUGGAAGCUGGGCAGCCGGCUGUACGGCCCCAGCUCCGUGAGCUUCGCCGACGACUUCGUGCGCAGCAGCAAGCAGCACUACAACUGCGAGCACUCCAAGAUCAACUUCCGCGACAAGCGCAGCGCCCUGCGCUCCAUCAACGAGUGGGCCGCGCAGACCACCGACGGCAAGCUGCCCGAGCUCGCCCAGGACGUGGAGCGCACCGACGGCGCCCUGCUGGUCAACGCCAUGUUCUUCAAGCCUCACUGGGACGAGAAAUUCCACCACAAGAUGGUGGACAACCGUGGCUUCAUGGUGACUCGAUCCUACACCGUGGGCGUCACAAUGAUGCACCGGACAGGCCUCUACAACUACUACGACGACGAGAAGGAGAAGGUGCAGAUCCUGGAGAUGCCCCUGGCCCACAAGCUGUCCAGCCUCAUCAUCCUCAUGCCCCACCACGUGGAGCCCCUGGAGCGCCUGGAGAAGCUGCUGACCAAGGAGCAGCUGAAGGUCUGGAUGGGGAAGAUGCAGAGGAAGGCGGUGGCCAUCUCGCUGCCCAAGGGCGUGGUGGAGGUGACGCACGACCUGCAGAAGCACCUGGCCGGGCUGGGCCUGACCGAGGCCAUGGACAAGAACAAGGCGGACCUGUCGCGCAUGUCGGGGAAGAAGGACCUGUACCUGGCCAGCGUGUUCCACGCCGCCGCCUUCGAGUGGGACACGGAGGGAAACCCCUUCGACCAGGACAUCUACGGGCGGGAGGAGCUGCGCAGCCCCAAGCUGUUCUACGCCGACCACCCCUUCGUGUUCCUGGUGCGAGACACGCAGAGCGGCUCCCUGCUCUUCAUCGGACGCCUGGUCCGGCCCAAGGGGGACAAGAUGAGGGACGAGCUGUAGACCCCGGCGUGGGCGCGGGGUGGCGGGAGGCGGCCGACGGCUCCGGAGACAGACACACGGGUGCUACUGGGGAGGGAGGGAGGUGCGGCUUUCAUGGUCCACGGGGUGGGGGUGGAAGAGCAGACCGGGUGCCCAGAGACACCACACACCGGGGGUCCUGCCCUGUCCUCAGUCCCCCGAGCCGCCUCCCCAGCCAAUCAGUGUUCCUAUUUAUAGCCAAAUCGUUUCCUACCCGUGAGGCCAUCGAGCUGGGGGGACGGGACAGCCAGCUGUCCUGACACCACCGUCCCUUCCACCCCUCCCCUCCCCCACUCGGCCCCACAACUACCCACCUAGGUGCUGCGCCCCUGGGACCAGGCCCCCCACAGUGGCCCUGGUCCCCGCUCAGUGAAGGCAACUGGGAGACGGCGUUAGGGAGGGACAGAUCCCGGCCAGCAGCGGCCGGAUGGGACAUGGCGGGGAUGAGCUUGUGUGUGUGUGUGUCUUCCUUAAUGAGUUUCUCACCGACGGGCAGGAAAGGGGGGAAGGGGGAACAUGAGCCUUUGUUGCAAAAUGAGAACUUCUUUGUACGGAGUUUUUUGUUUUGUUUUGUUUUUCAAUAAAACUUUUCCAGUGAAACUUG